UUCGGUUCCGUUGAUCGGAUCGUCCAACCAGCGAGCCUGUGUGUGUGCGUGUGUGUCCCCAUUCGUAUAGUGAAAGUGUGCAAAACGAGCAAUCGCCAGAGUAAAAAUAUUUCAAAGCCCCCAGCUAAUUGCUAGCGUUAAUUUUGCACACAUUCUGCUGACGCAUACAUUCUCGAAUCGAAUCGAGAAGCGUUUUUAAAUCACACUUUACUCCAUUCAGUCGUGAGCAACUAUUCGUAAAAAAACCAUCACCAUGCACACCUCGCCGUCCAAGGUUAUGCCGUUCCAAGUGAUCCAAAUCUUUUUGGAGGAAUGCGACGAGAACGGAUACCCGUCCCGGCGCCGCUCCCUGGUGGACGAUGCUCGCUUCGAAACGAUCGUGGUCAAGCAAACCAAACAAACUGUCCUGGACGAGGCCCGCGCUAAGGCCAACGACUCCACUCUGGAGUGUUCCGUGCUACAGGCUCAAGAACAGCAUCAACAAGAAGACAAACAUCCGCAGGAGAUUCAACAGACAGUCGAGGAUCAAGACGCCGAGGAGAUUCGGCUGGUUGCAGUUGAAACGCUUCCCACCAAGCCGGAGGAACACGUCCGUGGUGCCGACGACGAGGAGAAAGAACAAGACGCAGGGCUGACCGAAGAGGAGGUCGUGCUGCAGAACGCCGCCUCGGAGUCGCCCGAAGCCGAGAAGGAGGUGGUCCGUGCCGCCGUGGUCGUGCGCCUCCGCGACGGCAUGGGCUCCCUGGGACGCAUCCUCAAGGCGGUGGAAGCGUACCACGGCACGGUGGUCCACCUGGAGUCGCGCCAGUCGCGCAGCGAUGGCGUCCAGUUUGACGUGCUGAUCAAGAUCGAUAUGGCCCGCGCCAAUCUGCUGCAGCUGAUCCGUUCGCUGCGCCAGACGCAGUCCUUCGGCAGCGUUAGCUUGCUGUCGGAGAACAACGUCAACGUGAAGGCCCCAUGGUUCCCGAAGCACGCCUCCGAGCUGGACAACUGCAACCAUCUGAUGACCAAGUACGAGCCGGACCUGGACAUGAACCAUCCCGGCUUCGCCGACCAGGUGUACCGCGCCCGGCGCAAGGAGAUUGCCGAGAUCGCUUUCGCGUACCGAUAUGGUGACCCGAUCCCGCACAUCGAUUACACGGAGACGGAGAACCAGACGUGGGCCGCCGUUUUCAACCGCGUCAAGGAGCUGAUGGUGAAGCACGCCUGCUCCGAGUACAUCGCCGUCUUCCAGAAGCUCGAGGACGAGAAGAUCUUCGUCAAGGAGCGCCUGCCGCAGCUGCAGGAAAUGAGCGAUUUCCUGCGCCGGAACACCGGAUUCACGCUCCGGCCGGCCGCCGGUCUGCUAACGGCUCGCGAUUUUCUCGCCUCACUGGCGUUCCGCAUCUUCCAGAGCACGCAGUACGUGCGUCACAUCAACUCGCCCUACCACACGCCGGAACCUGAUUGCAUCCACGAGCUGCUCGGUCACAUGCCGCUCCUGGCGGAUCCCAGCUUCGCACAGUUCUCGCAGGAAAUCGGAUUAGCAUCGCUCGGUGCCUCGGACGAGGAAAUUGAAAAGCUCUCGACGGUCUACUGGUUCACGGUGGAGUUUGGCUUGUGCAAGGAAAAGAACGAAGUAAAGGCUUACGGUGCUGGUCUGCUCUCCGCUUACGGUGAGCUUUUGCACGCCAUCAGCGACAAGCCCGAGCACCGCCCGUUCGACCCAGCCUCAACUGCCGUCCAGCCAUACCAGGACCAGGAGUACCAGCCGAUCUACUAUGUCGCCGAGAGUUUCGAGGACGCGAAGGAGAAGUUCCGCCGCUGGGUGUCGACGAUGUCGCGACCGUUCGAGGUGCGCUUCAACCCGCACACCGAGCGCGUAGAGGUGCUGGACUCUGUGGACAAGCUGGAAACGCUUGUCUCGCAGCUGAACACGGAGAUGCUGCAUCUGACGAAUGCUAUCGCCAAGCUGCGACAGCCCUUCUGCUAAGCCCUCCGUUUCGCGCUCGCGCUUCCCGUCUGCUCCGGCCUCUACCUUAUCGGGAGCGGCGGCCAAAGCAGCGACAACAACAGAAGCCCACCGUUUGUGGGCUUCUGCAAAAUGUGAUCCGAUGCGUGUGAGAGAGGGAGUGGGAGAAAAAAGAUGGCGAACAUAGGAGAGGAGGAAGAGAGCGAGAAAGAGAGAGAGAGAGAGAGAAAGGCAAGACACUACAGCAACGCCAAGAAAGGAAAUAUGUCCAAAUCAAAGACAAUAAGCUGCGUAGGCCAUAGAGCACGAGGUCCGGUAGUCCCUGGCGGACAGAACAUCCGGUCGCCAACGGACCCCACAAGCGGAACUCUACGCACUACUCGAUGUAUACUACCGCCACUACUUUGAACAGUAUUCGCCAGCACAGUAUGAUCUAGGGAGGGAUCCAAACCACCACGCGAAAGGACCUACUCCUUCCGAUGUACCGCAAACACACUCUCUCUCUGCCAACGAGUAUCGGGUGUGGGGAUCCCGGUGUCCCCACGUCCGCGUCGGCCCCAUCCGCGAUUGUGACCCACGCCGCGACCGAUCCCUUCCGGAGGGACGGUACGCCUGCAUUGUCCGGAAGUGCAGACUGAUCGUCUCGUCGGCGGUGUCUGUCACGUCGCGGGACCCGACGAAUCAAAGCAUCACAGCUGUACAGCUUCGAAGUCUCGAAGCUCGGAAGCCCUCGCGAAACGAAGGAAGGAGUCAACGGCCCACCAGCGACAAUGAAGCGGACCGGGGGCAUAGAUCCCUGGGUUCGCGAUGGGAAGGCUAGAAAUGACGAACGGACACCUAUUUUGCCAGUGUGCAUCGCGGAAGCGAUCCGACAUCGAGGUGAUCGAUCCCUCAGGAAAACCUUCUUGCGAAAGGAGCUCGGCUCGAAGCUCCUCCAAGCUUCGUCGACCUAGUAGUACUCAGAGGUGGAAACAAGCGCAGUCCCGUCGCCACGCAUCAGUUCCCGCUCUGGAGCGUCCAGAAGAUGACGAUCUUGGGUGACCGAUCCUUUCAGCGAUCAUCGAGACGAGUACGAUGGACGCCACAGGAGCGACAUGCGCUGCGUAUGUCGGCGUCCGGGAGUGCGUCUGUUCCUGCUUUCGAAUCUCCACCGGGCGACACCUAUUGGGGUGAACAUCCUGCCAAGCAAUCCGUUCUUCCUUUCCACCUUUCCCUGUCCACCCAUCCCUUCCUCGAGCUUCCGUCCUCCUCAAACUGCCAUCCGAUGAGGAGCGAUUCCCUUUCUCACCGCGAAACCGCAUCCGCCCGCCCCCUCCAAAACCAAGAACCCUCCCACGGCCUCUUCCGCAUCCCUACCUCUUUCCUACUAGUGUCACCCUUGUGUACGUCCUGUCAUCGUAGCGUAUGAGAGAGUAUUGUUUUUUGGAGAAUAACAUAUUUUUUAUUUAAAGUAUGCUAAGUAUUAUAUACUAUUUAAAGUUAGUGUUUAAAGUUAAAUUAUUCACUUGACUUAAAAGCAGAUACUUUGUUUUUCGUUAAAACAAGAAAAAAUGGCAACAACGCUUCAGGGCGGGAAGCAGGAGCCCGUGUGCUGGAAGUGAUCGGCUGAUCGCAAAGGCGCCUUGGAAUGACUCGAGGAACUGGGUCCGAUGCGGCCCAAGACGCCGACCUUAGAACGGCAUCUGCAAUCUUAUUACAGAUUGCACUAGACAUCGCGGUUUGCACCAUUCGGUUUCGUCGUAGAGGGAGUGACUGCUCGAUACGAUCUAACCUGCCGUUUGGUGAGAGCAUCCCGAUGCCACUUGGGCUGGGUCCUGAGUAACUGCUGAAAGUGGUGGUCCCCGCGUUGGCCUGAGACAUUCCGCCGCCCUUCGAUUACCCGGGGACAAACCUUUCUUUGCCCUCCGCUUCCCGUCCUUCUCGACAAACGUUCUCUGCGAGACGAAUCCUUUAUAUCAAAAGCACAAAACCCAGCAAAAAAAUUGAAACACACUGCAACGAAAAUUCAUCCUCGACUGUCUGUAAUCUCAUGUGUUUGUUUUUCUAGUUGUGUAUUUUAUUAUUGUGUAUAAAGCAAGAAACAAAAGUGGAAAACAAAGACACAAGCCCUAUUUAUAUUCAUAGGAAAACAUUCUUAGCACGCGCACCUAUCAGAAAGUGAGAAAAUAUAUUUAGAAAACUGGUAAAAGUUUCCGUCUUACUGAUCAAACGAAUAUGUAAAAGCUAUCCAGCACCGAAAGUAGCGAUGCAAAUAAAAGAGACAAA